CAUAACAGGAAGCAUGAACCAGUUGCGAUUAGGUUGAGUUGAAGGAGGGCAGCAGGGGAGGGAAAUAAUGAGUUAGCAUUGAAGCGGUGUGCCAGAAAGACGCCUAACCCUGUCGGCGUCCAUGGGCAACGCCCAGGCACCGCUCAUUCAAAUGUGGAACUUAUUCUAAACCCACUGGGCGACGCGACGAUUUCUACCGGGGUGGCUGUCGGCCUAUGAUGGAACGGGCGAUGGAGCAGUUUAACGUACAACUCAGCCGGCUUACCCGCUCCCUGCGUCGGGCCAGGACGGUGGAACUCCCCGAAGACAAUGAAACUGCAGUGUACACACUCAUGCCAAUGGUGAUGGCUGACCAGCACAGGUCAGUGUCAGAGUUGCUGCUCAACUCCAAGUUUGAUGUGAACUAUGCAUUUGGACGUGUGAAGAGAAGCCUGCUUCAUAUUGCUGCCAACUGUGGAUCAGUGGAGUGUCUUGUUCUGCUGCUGAAAAGAGGUGCCAACCCAAACUACCAGGACAUCUCAGGCUGUACCCCACUGCACCUUGCAGCGAGGAAUGGACAGAAGAAAUGUAUGGGCAAACUACUGGAAUAUAACGCUGAUGUCAACAUUUGCAACAACGAGGGACUAACGGCUAUUCAUUGGUUGGCAGUGAAUGGGAGGACUGAACUCCUCCACGAUUUGGUCCAGCACGUGUCCAACGUUGAUGUCGAAGAUGCCAUGGGACAGACAGCAUUGCAUGUAGCUUGUCAGAAUGGACACAAAACUACGGUGUUGUGUCUGCUGGAUAGUGGAGCUGACAUCAAUCGACCAAACGUCUCCGGGGCCACGCCUCUUUACUUUGCCUGCAGUCAUGGCCAGAGAGACACGGCACAGAUCCUUCUUUCUCGAGGAGCCAAAUAUCUUGCUGACAAGAAUGGAAUAACUCCUCUUGAUCUCUGUGUGCAGGGAGGAUAUGGGGAGACUUGUGAGAUUCUCAUUCAGCACCAUGGCAGACUCUUCCAGAUCCUCAUUCAGAUGACACAAAAUGAUGACAUAAAAGAAAAUAUGCUCCGGCAGGUUCUGGAGCAUGUUUCUCAGCAGAGUGACUGUAAUUAUCAGAGGAUCUUGACAAGUCUGGCUGAAGUUGCCACCACUAAUGGGCACAAGCUGCUCAGCCUAUCCAGCAGCUACGAUGCUCAGAUGAAGAGUCUCCUGAGAAUUGUUCGCAUUUUCUGCCAUGUAUUCCGCUUGGGACCCUCAUCUCCCAAUAAUGGCAAUGAUAUGGGCUACAACGGCAACAAGACCCCUCGUAGUCAGGUCUUUAAGAUGCGUAUGAGACAAGUGGAGGCUAUUCCAAAAGACACAUGCUCUUGGACAGCUUCUGAUUUUUUAGAUCCGUUAGAGCUGCUUUGGCAUUCGCUGGACGAGUGGCUUGUGCUAAUCUCCACUGAGCUGGACAGAAACAGGAAGAACCCGUCUUCCACAUCUUCCAGCAGUGAGAUAGCCUCUCUGAUUCUUAAGCAGCGGGAGGUCGAUCACUCUAACGCCACACCAAAGCUCUCCACCUCACUGGACGCUCAGAUUGUCAUGGAAACCGAGGUGUACGCCGAUGGAGAAGACGUUAUCUCCAUGACAGCCAAUCGGCUCAGCGCUGUGAUUCAGGCUUUUUACAUGUGCUGCUCCUGCCAGAUGCCACAAGGAAUGACAUCCCCUCACUUCAUUGAGUUUGUCUGCAAGCAUGACGAGGUGCUGAAGUGUUUUGUAAACAGAAAUCCGAAGAUCAUCUUUAACCACUUCCACUUCCUGCUCGAGUGUCCCGAGCUGAUGUCACGCUUCAUGCAUAUAAUUAAGGGCCAGCCCUUUAAGGAUCGCUGUGAGUGGUUCUACGAACAUCUCCUUGCUGGUCAGCCAGACUCCGACAUGGUUCAUCGUCCGGUCAAUGAGAGUGACAUCCUACUCAUCCACAGAGACUCAAUAUUUCGAAGCAGCUGUGAGAUGGUUUCCAAGUCUACCAAUGAGAAGCUGAAGCAAGGGAUUGCGGUCCGCUUUCAUGGCGAAGAGGGAAUGGGUCAGGGUGUUGUUCGGGAGUGGUUUGACAUCCUGUCCAAUGAGAUCAUCAAUCCAGACUAUGCUCUCUUCACUCAGUCAGCUGAUGGUACAACUUUCCAGCCCAACAGUAACUCUUCGGUGAAUCCAGACCACCUGAACUACUUCCGGUUUGCAGGCCAAAUUUUGGGUCUCGCUCUGUAUCACAGGCAGCUGGUCAAUAUCUAUUUCACCCGCUCCUUCUACAAACACAUUCUAGGUAUCCCAGUGAACUACCAGGAUGUGUCAUCUAUAGAUCCCGAGUAUGCCAAGAACUUGCAGUGGAUCCUGGACAAUGACAUUAGUGAUUUAGGUCUGGAACUCACUUUCUCCGUGGAGACUGACGUGUUUGGUGCCAUGGAAGAAGUGCCUCUCAAACCAGGAGGCAUAAGCAUCAUUGUGACUCAGGACAAUAAGGCUGAGUAUGUGCAACUGGUGACAGAGCUAAGAAUGACACGGGCCAUCCAGCCUCAGAUAAAUGCCUUCUUGCAAGGAUUCCACACUUUCAUCCCGCCCUCACUAAUCCAGCUUUUUGAUGAAUAUGAAUUGGAGCUCCUACUGUCAGGGAUGCCAGAGAUCGAUGUGCAGGAUUGGUGCAGGAACACUGAAUACACAAGUGGCUACGAACCUCAGGAGCCAGUCAUUCAGUGGUUUUGGGAAGUUGUGCGAAGCCUAACCCAGGAAGAACGAGUUCUAAUGCUUCAGUUUGUCACAGGAAGUUCCAGAGUUCCUCAUGGUGGCUUUGCCUAUCUGAUGGGUGGCAGCGGUUUACAGAAGUUCACAAUUGCUGCAGUGCCAUACACCUCCAACCUUCUUCCUACCUCCAGUACUUGUAUCAACAUGCUGAAACUCCCGGAAUAUCCCAGCCAGGAGAUCCUGAAAGAUCGCCUCCUGGUAGCGUUGCAUUGUGGGAGCUACGGGUAUACCAUGGCAUAACCGUCCUAUCCUGUUGUGCUGCUGGAAAGGUGUGCAGACUCCCUUCACACCACACACUCCACUGCUGUAUUCAGUUGCUGCUCUUCAUGGACAAAAGAAGGAAUGUGUGUGUGUGUGUGUGUAUAUAUUUGUAUAUAUGCACAGUGGGGGAAAUAAUUAUUUGAUCACUUGUCGAUUUUGUAAAUUUACUACUUUAUAAAGAAAUGAACAUUUCAUAACUUAUGGUAUGUUAAUUUUAAAACAGACAGAAUAUAGACGAAGACAACAAAAUAAAACCAUCAGGUAAAUAUUAUACAUUAAUUUGAAUUUAAUUGAUUGAAGUACAUAUUUAAUCCCCCUCCCCCAGCAUGAAGUAUGACCGCUUCAGGCUGGUUAUGUGUACACGGAACACAAAUUGUCCCAUUAGUAAGGACCUCGGUAUGAGAAAGAUAUACUGUAAGCACGAUAUUUAAAAAAAAAAAUGGAAGAAAUGCAAGAUAACUGUACAUUUUUGGGCGAUCAACCCAGAAGUACACAGAAGGAGCUUGGCAAUGUUAUAUAGGACUUUGCUUUCAAGGUUUGAGUUCCUGCAGUGCCCGCAAUGUCCACCUUCCCUAGAACAGACAUGUACACAAACAGAAGUUUGCCAAUGAACACCUAAGUGAUUGGAUUGGGAGAAUGUCAGGUGGUCAGAUGAGACUAAAAUCAAUGUGACUCGCUGUGUUGAAAUACCGAAGAAAACACUGAACCUCAAUGUCAAAGAUGGAGAUGACAAUAUUAUACUUUUGGGCUAUUUUUCAGAAUGAAUAGUAACAGGGUGUACAUGAGUUAUGAUGAUGACCCAAAACUUAUAGGUAGGGCAACAAAGGAGUUUAUCAAAGAAGCAACACACUUCGAUCCUGUCUUUGGACUUUAAGCCAAUGAAAAACUAGAGUUGCCGAUUAACUGCCUCAAAACCUUAAGGAUUUUGAGAGUAUCUGUAAAGGGAAGCAGAACAAAAUCACUUUUGAGUUGUGUAAAACCUGUUGAUCAACUACAUGAAACAUCGGACUUCUUUGUUUAACAUUGCUUUUGUCCUCCUUAGUACAUCUUUUGUUUAUGAGUCAAACUGCUACACUCCCUCUGACUAUCCAGUCAACAGUUUUUAAGCCAAGGGAAUUUUGACUUGUUUAAUUCUAAAAUAUUGACAGACGUCACGAUAAUGAAAGAACAUUACAUAUAUAAAUGCCAUAAAUGCACACGCUGCCUUCUAUUUAUGGAUGGAUGGACAUAGAAGCUUAUGCAAAAUAGGUUUUCCGAAACAUCGAAUGUCUCAUGUUAUGGCUGUGCAGCUGCAAUUACUAUACACUGUAAUUUAUGGUAGCCUGAAAUUAUAUUUACAUUUCUGCAUAAAAGAUUAUCUUUCAGACUCAAAAUGUUUAUGUAAUAUAGAAAUUGUCCCACACCAUUUUUAUCUCCAAACAUACUGUAUGUUUGAAUAUUGUUUGCGGCUGUAAAAUGUAGUUUUGCUGGAGUUACUUUACUGCUGACACAUUAAAUCAGAGAAAAUAAACAAGACAGCAAAUAGUACCAAGUCACUGAAUUAUUGCACUGUAGUUUACUCUACAGCAGGGGUGUCAAACAUACAGCCGGAGGGCCGGAUCAGGCCCGCGAACAGGUUUUAACCGGCCCGCAGGAUGAGUUUGGUAAGUAUAAAAACUAACCUGAAAUUUUCAAUGAAAGAAACUGCUGUUCUAAAUGUGUCCACUGGAUGUCGCAAUAGCAAUUAUUUGUAUCUUUGUAAAUAAUGCUACUUAUGUACAAAAUCAACCACAUGAUAUUAGUACAUCAGUCGAGUAAAAUUACCUACAUAAAUAACAUCCUGUAAUUUGAUUUUGGUAUUAUUUUUUUUAUCUUGAUAGAUUGAAAAUGAAUACCAGUGAGUUGAAGGAUGAACUUUUUUAAAAAUUGAUAAUGUGAUAUGGUAUGAUUUUAUUGCAUGAUUUUUGUAUCCCUUUAAUUUAGGUAGCCAGGGACUGCAGAUGGAAAUGAGCUAUUUAGCUAUAAUCUGGUACAGAACAUAUCUGUUUUUGAAGUUAAUAUUUCUGUGUGUUGUCCCUUUAAAUAAAGACUAAACUAACAUUAUCACAUAAUGUAUUGAGAAAAUGUAAAUAACGACAAAUUAUUAACCGCAACAUUAUGAUUUGUAAAUUUUCAGAAUGUGCUUAUUCUAUUUUUAAACAAAGAAAACAAUAUGACGUUGUCUUUAUUUUUAAGUUAUCGUACCGUGAUUUUACCAGUCCGGCCUAUUUGGUAGUAGAUUUUCUCCAUGUGGCCCCCGAUCUAAAAUGAGUUUGACACCCCUGCUCUAGAGCCUCAAUUUAGAAUGAAUAUUAAACUCCCAAAAAUGCAACAAAAAUAUUGGUGUAAUUUCCUUUAAAUCAAUAUAAUUGGUUUUGGCCAAAGAUUAUAAAGCAAUAUUCAUGAGAAAAUAGGUUCUAAAUCGUAAAAAAAAGUUCAGGUAUAAUAUAACAAAAUAAAAAUAAACUAAAACGCUGUGAAAUAACCAACAAAAACACGAUGGAGCUAAGCUAGAACCAAAAAGGGCGGAAUGAUAAGGCAGAAAGAGUUCAUCUUAACUACACAAUAAAAUCUUUGCAGCAGCAAAAGGUAAAUUAUAACAAUGGAACAAACAAAAAAACAGCGCACUAAUUGCCAAUCAGCUGCAGGUGUGCUGCGUUCCACCCCUUACCAGGGGGAGAUAACAGGGCACAGCGUGUGGGAGUCUAAUACUAAAAAAAAAACGGUAACGUAAUCUAAAUAGCUCAACACACCUGAUGUUAAAAAAGUACCCACUUCAUGUUUGUACUUUCUAAAAACAAUUUACACUAGUAAUAUGUAUAUAUUCCACACAUAAACAUCACAGAUCCUCAUAUAAGGCUAACAUGCAGUAUUAUCCUCUCCCUGCAUCCAUCUGACUAACAUAGGUGUUACCACACCAUUACACAUUAGAAUACCCAUUAUCAGUGGGGGUGGAAACAGCCUCACUCAAAAUAAACACCAGGGGACAAAUCUACAGAUGUCUUUCUUUCUAUGCUGGAACGGGAACAAUUGCUUCCACUGAUUUUUGUUUUCGUAUGACCACACUGUCUAAAUGUUUACAUCCUUUCCUGUAUAUAUUUGAACAUCAGUUUAGCAUGGAAAUUCUGACAUGUUUGUUUUUGUGUGUGUACUUACUUUAUGUAAACUUAGGUAUUCGCAGUCGUUCCUCAACUUAUGAGCCUAAUUGGUUUUGUGACUGAGCUCUUAUCAAUGUCUCCCAUUUAGAUACAUUUAAUGGGUGCUUGCCCUCCUCCCCUAAACAGAACUGUUUUAACACAUGACAUGCCUUUUCUAAAGAAAAACAAACGUUUCUAUAAGAAAUAUUGUAUGAAAAACAGUACACUAGACUGUACUACGAACAACUACGGUGGUUUUAUGAAGUUGUGUAAGAAUAAUGAAUAUUUAUUUUGGAGAGUGGACUUCUACGGUUUCUCCACACCAUCAGCAGCUUCUCCAUAUUUUCAUGGAUAAAUGUCCGCUGUUUAAAUAUUAUUUCAACAUUCUUUGGCUGGCGUUAGACUCAUUCUGCUUCAGUAUGCUGCAGAUUAGCAACGAUUCACUAAAACUGCUUUACUAUGUUUUAUUUAUUUAGCCUUUAUUUAACCAGGUAAAAUCCCAUUGAGAUCAAAGAUCUUUUUUCUAAGGGAGACGUGGCCUAGAGGGCAGCAGCAAGAUUAGAAUAAAAACAGUAAAAAACAACACAAAAACAUCAAAUUUUCAACAUUAAAACUUGCCCACAUAACACAUGUGUAUAAAGACAAGGUAGACUGCAAUCCAUUCACAGAAUCUUUAAACUCAUUUCAUGUAACAAGGGUUUUGAAUUUGAAGAUUUGAUUGUAGGUAAUUCCAAGCCUUCGGUGCUAAAAACCUAAAUGCCUUCUUGCCCAGUUCAGUUCUUACUUUGGGGACGACAAAUUGCAGAGCAUUCAUUGAACGAAGAUUGUGACUUCCUAGUUUCUUCGUUAAAAGACAAGAUAGAUAACACGGAGUGAGUUUCCCCAGAAUUGUUUUGUGGAUGAACACAUACCAUAUGUUGACUAUACAUGCUCAGUCAUGUUUUUGAUGAUUUAUUUAUUUAUUCAAAGAAUAUCAUCCACUUUUUAUGUCGAUCCCGAGCUAUACGCUAAUGCUAGAGAGUAAGCCAGCAUGUUUUAGGGCGGAUCUGUAAUUUGCUACACCAACUUAAAGAAUGACAAUUAGCUAAGACACAGCUCUUAUCGCAAAACUCUCCUAAGUUAAGGUACCACUGCGUAUACCUUUCCGGUAAAGCUGGUUGUACUUUUUUGUAUGUUCGUUGUUAAGUUCAGUGUGCCAUAAAGCAAAAGAUGGAAUAUAAUCUAUCAGUAUUGUCAGGAUUGCCUUAUCAUUUGUCAGCUUUUUGACAAAUUAACAAAGUACUUUGUAUGCAUUUCUGUAAAAGUUGUCAAUAUCACAUGUGUAUUUUAUAAUAAAGUCUAUUUUAUUCUUGAA